AUGCACAGACUUCUUUUAGGCUUCUGUAUUCUUGUUCUCAUCCAGGGCCGACUAGUUCUACUUGACGAUCUUUCCAGUACAGUUCACCACGGCAAUAUUGUAGUUGAUAGUACCAAAACAGAUCUACCUCAGGUUGCACAUAAGAUCAGAGUUCUUCAUCCCCACCAUAACAUUCUAACCCAAGACUCUCCCCCUCUCUACUACACACCCAAUCCGUACAUUAACACGCAGUACAUUGAAAGUCCAACCGCCAAUACUAACUUACUUGAUACCCGAGUCCAAAACCUCUACACCGACCUCCAACGCGUCAAACACGACGCCCCAGAAGAAGACCUCACCUUACUCUCCCUCCAAAGCAAGCACAGAGCCCAAAAGCAAUCCCUCCACCACUUCCUACAAGAAAGACACAAAACCAACAGCAUUCUCGCCCAAACCAAAAAAGACCUAGCCACCGUCCAAACCAAUGCCGAGCUUCUCAAAUCCAAGCUCCAAGACCUCCAUGAUAAAAGUACAUCCCUCUCCGCCAAAAUCUCCCAUCUCCAGCACCAAAUCAGCACCACCCAACAAGAACUCAACCAAAGAACCUCCGCCUACCAAAACCGCCUCACCAAAAUAACCACCCGCUAUGCCCUUCUCCGCCAUGAGUAUCCCGAAGAAUCCGACAGUCACCAGUACAGCGACACCUCCACUAUUUCCUAA